UAGGAAAAACAAAGAAUGAGGAACCAUGGAGCGGCAAGCAAACAAGUUCUAGGGUUUAAAGCACAAGUCAGAGAGCAUAGCAAACAUGGCAAGCCACUGCAAGUUUUGGCUUCCCAGGAAGAACAGAUUUUGUGCAGUUCCCCCUCUUAAUAAUUCCUCAUUCUGCGGGAAUCACACCCAGAGAUCUGAUGGACAGUGGAUUCCGUGCCCAAUUGAUCCUACUCACUCUGUGCUCGAGGAAAAUCUUCAAAGUCACCUAAAUAGAUGCCCACUACUGAAACAAGCUCAAUCUCUGUUGCGUCAGCCGUACUAUCAAAAGGGAGUUAAUGCCGGUGGAGAGGAGGAUGAGGAGGAAACUCCCAAGUCUAGUGGUGUUAAAGAUUCUUCUGUUACUUCAGAGAUGAAAAGAAAUUCUGUCUAUGCCAUGAGUGUGCCUGAGUUCUCCAAAUUGAUAGCUAAAAUCAAGAGCAUUCAUGCAUCCAUAUGCAAUGACAUUCAAGAUUCUUUCAAGAUCCCAGAGGCUUGUAGCAUUUGGACAAAUCGACAAGUUGACAAGAAGUUACCUUAUCAAGAGAGACAUGUUUUACAACAGGCAUCAAUUCUUGGGAAUUUAGAAGAUUUUGGGGUGUUAAAAAAAUCUUGUGCGAGUUCUAAUGCAGUCAAACAUUGUGAUUCCAAUAGAGUGUGUGAAAAUGAUAAUGAUGUUUCUGCGGUGGUUGAAUUUGGGGCUGGGAGGGGGUACUUGACUCAAAUGCUUGCAGAUUGCUAUGGGAUCAAGAAGGUGUUAUUGGUGGAGCGAAGGGCAUAUAAGCUGAAGGCUGAUCGGAGUUUGCGACAGAAAGAGAGCUUGACAUUAGAGCGUUUGAGAAUUGACAUUGAGGAUCUGAACUUGAAUAGGGUUGAGCCUCUACAAGGAGUCGCCUAUAUAGCAAUUGGUAAACAUCUUUGUGGGCCUGCAACAGAUAUGACCUUAAGAUGUUGCAUUCGUGAACAAUGUUGUCAAGUUAUUGCUGCUGAAGCCCAAGACUGCUUUUACUUUAGUGGCUUAGCGAUAGCUACAUGCUGCCAUCAUCUGUGCCAGUGGAAAAACUACAUAAAUAAGAGAUACAUAUCAGAUUUGGGUUUCACAAAGGAAGAUUUUCACGUGAUUUCAUGGUUUACCAGCUGGGCAGUUGAUGCAGAUCAUGGAUCAAAUUUCUCGGGCACAGAAUGCAUGACACAACAAGAGAUCAUGAGCGAGAUGAAAGAGUUUGCCUUAGACUCAGAAGUACGUGGAGUUGGAGAAAUAGUGAGAGAUAUGCAGCCUAUUGAUAGGGCGGUGUUAGGUUUCAUGUGCAAGGAUAUCAUCGAUACGGGUAGGUUGAUGUGGGUGAAGGCAAGAGGACUAGAAUCUCAGCUCGUCAAGUACGUUCCUUGUAGCAUCUCCCCCGAAAACCGUCUCUUGGUUGCCAGUUACAAGAAAAGAUCUUAAUAUGAAAUUGGUGCUGUUCAUUUGGGUGAUCAAUCUUAACUCGUUAUACCAAUAUAUAAAAUUUUGACAUUCCAUUGUAAUGAUAAAUUGGCAUCCGUUGUGGAUUGUCUGGUAGAUAUGAUUGUGUUGCGGUCCUAUGAUGGAAAGAGAAGGUUCUAAAUUCCAAAGUUUUGAUUGGGGAAUUACUUGAGUAGACAGUAUAGUGAAUUAAGAUUUUUAUUUUUUUCUAUU